UGGUUUCGGUGAACUUCAGAGCCGCGGGUCUGUUGGGGGCGAUGGAUAACUCCUACUACUUCUUGGCCAUGUCGAUGCUGGUGCUUUCGCUGGGCUUCAGGAUAGAGGAGGGCAUGUGCCAGCAUUAUUACCUCCUCCGUCCCAUCCCCAGCGACUCCCUGCCCAUAGUGGAGCUAAAAGAGGACCCGGACCCGGUCCUGGACCCCAGGGAGAGAGACUUGAACGAGACGGAGCUGAGGAGCGCUCUCGGGAGUCACUUCGACCAGCACUUCAUGUCCAUCAGCCCGCCGGAGGAGAAACACGCCGAGGACGCCGCGGGCGACGCGGAGGCGGCGCGGCACAAGCCCUCCGGAUCCAUGCCCAAAGAGAUUAAAGCCAUGGAGUUCGAGAUCCAGCACGGCAAAAAGCAGAAGCCCAGCAAAAAACUGCGAAGAAGGCUGCAACUGUGGCUCUGGUCUUACGCCUUCUGUCCGGUUGUUUACGCAUGGAACGACCUCGGCAGCAGAUUCUGGCCGCGCUACGUGAAGGUGGGGAGCUGCUACAAUAAGCGGUCUUGUUCAGUCCCUGAAGGGAUGGUUUGCAAACCUGCCAAAUCGGCCCAUUUUACGAUCUUACGAUGGCGGUGCCUGCAGAAAAAGGGGGGUCUGAAGUGCGCCUGGAUACCUGUGCAGUACCCUGUCAUAUCGGAGUGCAAAUGCUCGUGCCCGAACUGAACUUGAGCCGAGACGAACUUGAACAAACAAACAAACAAACAAACAAACAAACAAACAAACAAUCAUUGUUGACGAAUUGAAACUCAUAGCGUCGUGAUUAUUUUUCUAUGCACUGUCAAGUGUGAGAAUGUAUAUUUGAUGUACAUGUCGUGGCGUUUUAUUCGAUAGCGGAACUUUGUAUAAAAAGGUCAGUAUUAUUAUUAUUAAUAUAAUCGAGUCUACUGUAUUUGUUAAAGUGUAUCGCGGUUGUGUGUGAGGCGUCUGAGAUAUUUAUAACUGAAGAGCACUUCGCUUCGCGGAGCAGAUACCAUAUGCUGAUUACUGAAGGACUUUAAGCUGCUUCUCCAUUCGUUCAGGUGGGGAGCUGGGAAACGAUGAAGAGCUUUUCACUCCGGACACUGAACACCCACAAUCUGGACACUGCAACACCCACUCUGACACACACACACACACACACACACACACACACACACACACACACACACACACACACACACACACACACAAAUGGCGGAUAAAAGGACAGGUAACGGGACAUGGGUUGCCACAAAAGAGCAGCACAUUCACAGACAGAGAUACUGAAAUAAAUCUCAGGUACGCCCCCCUCCCCUCACCCCCUCCCCACACCCACCCCACGUUGUACAUCAACCAUUUGUUUUGGAGUCGAACUCUUCAUUUCCAUUUCUCACCUGCAAAUGCUGUGCAUAACA